GAAAUAAGAGCAACAUGGAUAAGUUAACUACAAUCAGCGCCGGGCUAUUCAUGGCAGCUGAUGUUUGUGCGAUUGUGAGUUUAGCAAUGCCAGACUGGAUUGUUACCAGCGUUGGAGGUGAAACGAGACUGGGAUUGAUGUGGACCUGCAUGACACUUUACAACCGGCCACAGGUAUGCUUCACACCUGAACUGCAACCAGAAUGGUUGAUGGCGUUGGUAUGCAUCUUUGUGGGUUGCAUUUGCAUCACUACGACGAUCAUUCUACUAGCAUCCAGUAACUGGGAUCGUAACGUUAUACCCUACGCGCGGUGGGUUGGUUUUACAGCAAUGGUAUUAUUCUGCCUGGCGGCGGUGAUAUUUCCGCUCGGAUUCCAUGUCGAUGAGAUCGGCGGACAACCGUACCACUUGCCACAUUCCCACCAGGUCGGAAUAUCGUAUAUCAUGUUCGUCCUGGCCCUGUGGAUCACCGUCAUAUCGGAGUUGUUUGCUGAGAAAGUUUGCUUGCCACAGUUUUAAUAUAAGCAGCAUCAGUACAUACUUUGCCGAUAGGGUAACCAUUCAAUUAUGGAUCUGUCUUACAUGAUAAUGUAUUUAUCAUUUAUAUGUAUAACUAAUCAGUGUAUCAGUUGUACCAAAAGCUAGUAGAUUACCGAAAUUACUUCGUACAUGAGCUGAAUGUAGAAGUUACGAUGGGAAUUUGGUCAGGUACCAAUCAGAUAUCUUCUCACAAGUAACUCAGUACUUUGAAGAAUUGCUAAAGUAAGCAAACAGUGUACUGUUUCUCAAUCAAUUGAAAAUACUUCUUCAUUUCCUAGUAAUGGAAUUGAUCCUUAGGCAUUAAAAGAAAAACUGGCAUCCAUAAAAGAUGCUGUUAGUCGUUAAGCGUAUGUGUAGAUAAUUUAUGAUUUUUAAACAUAAUAAAAAAUGAAUCUGCUGUGUA